ACCUUUGACCCGGAACUUUGGUUCCUGGAUGCAGCUUAAGCACUCGGCCAGUAACGCUUGCAUAGCCGGAAAUGGCUACUAGUGUUUAAGGUCCAGAUCGGCUUCCGGAGCCCGCUGAGGCGGUUAGCGAGUCGGAGACCCGGGAUGGAGGCCGUGGCAGCCGGGGCGGUGACGGAGAGGAAGCCCGAUGAUGACUACGUGGAGCCCAGAUGUGCACACUGGGGGGAGCUGAGCCAGACUCUGGUUCCAUCUACACCCCAGGACAAGGAAGUAAAAGAGAAUACACCAGGAGUCUCCGAUGAUGAAACCUCCCUGACUGAGAGUCCAGCUGUGAGUGCCAUGUUGCAUGCAAUCGCUGCCAGCCACCUGCCUGUGUGCAGCCAACAGCAGGGUGAGCCUGACCUGACAGAGCGUGAGAAGGUGGCCAUCCUGGGUCAGCUGUAUCGUGAGAAGCCACUGGUGUUCCUGGAGCGCUUCCGCACAGGCCUCCGGGAAGAGCACCUGCCCUGCUUCGGCCACCUGCGUGGGGACCACCGAGCUGACUUCUACUGUGCCGAGGUGGCGCGGCAAGGCACUGCCCGACCCCGAACCCUGCGCACCCGCCUGCGUAAUCGGCGUUAUGCUGCCCUGCGUGAGCUCAUCCAAGGAGGCGAGUACUUCAGUGAUGAGCAGAUGCGGUUCCGGGCCCCGCUACUGUAUGAGCAGUAUAUAGGACAGUACCUUACACAGGAAGAGCUCAGUGCCCGCACACCUGCCCCCCAGGCCCCCAGGCCCGGCUCCCCCAGCACACCUGCCUAUCCCCUCUCCGACCUGCUGUUCCAGUCCUACCAGGAAAGGGAGCUGCAGCAGAAGCUGCUCCGGCAGCAAGAAGAGGAGGAGGCCUGCUUUGAGGAGGAAGAGGACAGCGAUGAGGAAGACCAGAGGUCAGACAAGGACUCGGAGUCCUGGGUGCCCGACUCGGAGGAGAGGCUGAUCCUGCGGGAGGAGUUCACCAGCCGCAUGCACCAGCGAUUCCUGGAUGGCAAAGAUGGAGGCUUUGACUACAGCACGGUGGAUGACAACCCUGACUUUGACAACCUGGACAUUGUGGCACGUGACGAGGAGGAACGAUACUUUGAUGAAGAGGAGCCCGAGGAUGUGCCCAGCCCAGAGCUAGAUGGGGACUGAUGGCUCCCACCCUUCUAGCCAGUGACACACCUUGCCCAUCCCACUAUAGGCAGCUGGUUACAGGCUGGCUAAGUGACUCAGAGGCCAUCAGGGCAGGCCCCCAGGCCUGGCAUACCUCAGACAGUGCCCUACUUCUGUUUAUGGGGUUCUCACUCUUCUCCCUGGGAAGGUCACUGCCCCUCUCUCCUUGGCCCCACCUCUGUCCUUUCUCUUUGAGAUAGGGUCUUGCUGUGUAGCGCUAACUAGCCUGUUAAUUGCUUUAUAGCCCUGGCUGCCUCCUCCUCCCAAGUGCUGUGCUUGGGGGCGAAUCACACCUGGCCUACCAGUGGUGUUUCUACCCUAUCUCUCCCCUCAUGUCACUGUGCCCCCACCCCCCACCCCCAGUCUAGCUUCCUAGGUCUCCACCUUCUGUGCAUCCAUCCUUCUGCCUUUCUCUGCGUUAUGGCUGCCGUGCCCACAGCAGAGUCCUGAACGAUUGUCUGGUGGCUGCAGCUGUCACGUGGAUUCUAGCACUUAGCUCAGGCUACACCUGGUUCCCAGUAUAGCUCUGGGCUUCUCCUUUUCUCUGUGCCUGGGUCCUACUGGUCCUACUGGUCACCAUUGCUUCCACUGAGGUCCCGUCUCUCCUGCACCUCACUCUUCAGGCCUUCUCAUUCCCUCUGCACUUCCAUUUCCAUCUCUAUCCAGACCUCUGCCUCACUCUCUGUCCCUCUUUCUCAGCCUUUACGGCUCUGCUUCUCUAUGUGCCCACCCCCUAGGCCUGGCAGCUAGGGGCAGCAGAAGCCUGGGUACCCAAUAAUGAGACUUCCCUAUGGGUGGGGGUCAAGGCCUCUGCGGCUCUCUUUGGACCCUUGCUGGGAAUGCUGGCAGAGGCAGAGCUGGGGACCACAGGGCCAGCUUGAAGAAGGGGACCAUUCCCUACCACCCCGCCCCCCUGCUUCCCAGCCACACAAUUUUUUCUUUUCUUCACUUCCUCCACCUCCCUCUCCCUCUCCUGUUUACACUCUCCAAAUACACAUAGGCUGUUAUCAUG